GGGUGACAGCUGCGCUAUGUAUCCAUGUUACGAACCGUACGGACUGUGGAAAUGGUCAUAAGUUGUGUACAAUUUAACAAUAAGUGUUGACGUUAAAUUACUGCUAUUGUUAAGUGUAUGUGUAUAAUUUUCAUCGGCGAGAGAUUCUGUAAAUUUUAUGGACUAUUCAUGUCCAAGAAAGCAUUCGGAAAAUAGUUAGCAGUAACUCUGCGGAAGAAAGUGUAAGUAAACCAGAGAAAAACCUAACCUGAGCAGAGACUGAUCUUAAAAAUAGAUGUGAAUUUGAAAAAAAUACGCAGCUAAAUUCAAGUAAUUAUUAUUCAAAUAUGGUAAAAGUGGCACUGCAAAUUAAAGCGACGCUGGAGAAUAUAGAGGAACUGAAAACGUCGGGUGAUGAUUUUCGUUAUUAUUUGAAAUUUACAUGCGGCAACUGCGGCGAAGUAUCGGAGAAAUGGAACUACGUAUCGCAGUCGGAAUCGACGCCGUCCAAGCGAGGAAGCGGCGUGAAUCAUUUCGUCAGCAAAUGUAAACUGUGUUCGAGGGAGAAUACCAUGACGAUUAUCGAAGGCUCAACGCAGUCAUACACCGCCGAGGAUCAGGGAAAGUUCAAGACACUCGCUGUUUUCGACUGCCGCGGCAUAGAGCCCGCCGAAUUUUCAGCUCGUCAGGGAUGGGUGGCUAAGGCUAUCGACGGAGGCAAGGAAUUUACAGACGUUGACCUCAGCGAGGGCGAAUGGGCUGAUUAUUGUGAGAAAAUUGCUAAUCCAGUCGGCGUUUACGAAAUCGAGCACAGGUUCGAGAAGACCAAGUGAAAGGAUCCCCUCCUUAUCAAUGCGAUAAUUCGCGUAAUUCUAGGAAUAAGAGACGCUCUUGAAAUUUCAUGUAACGAUGUGUCAAAUGUAUGUAGCUAAUAAAUUGUUGAAUCUGUUCACCGUAAUGAGCACAGGUCGAGAAUCAAUAAAUAUUUGGCGGUAAA